AUGUCAUAUCAACAUAAUUCUCAAUCAUUAUCAUCGGAAUCUACAUCUGAUGUUUAUUCUUUGAAAGAAAGCAAUAGUACACCAUAUAAACGACGAAAACAAACAGGUCAAGCUCUGGAAGCUUUAGGUCAGCUUUUCAAAAAUGCAGCUAAUGAUGAAUCAGAUGGAAAUCGAUUUAAUAAAAAUGAUAUACUUAGUUUAACAUUAUCCCGUCUUUUACGACAUAAAUAUUGGCCAUCUGAUCCAUCUAACGAAAAUGUUCAAUUAGCAUCUGAUAUACAAAGUUCAUCUAUUGAAAAUGAUCUUACAGGUUUUAUUAUUGUACUUAAUACAAGUGGUCGAAUUAUAUUAAUCAGUGAUAACGUGGAACAAUAUUUACGAAAAAAUGUGCGAUCACUUUAUCCACAAUUAACAACUAUCUAUGAUUGUAUAAGUAAAGAUGAUCAUGAAGCUAUACAUCGAAUGCUUUCAAUACCAACAGUACAUGAAAAAUCUGCUAUUUGCACAUGGAUAUUACCAAGAGGUAAACGACCUAAUCGAUCACAAAUAGAAACAAAAUCAAUGCUUUUAACAGGUCAUUUUUUCUCAUUUGAUAAUAAUGAAACUAAAGAACCAUUAUUUGUUGCACGUUGUGAACAAAUUCUAUCAAGUGUGCCAUAUGUUCCAACAAAUAAUAAUGGUGUCCCAAGCGCAACAACACUUCGUUUUGUUCUUACUGAUCAACUUAAUAUCAGUGAAAUAUCAUCAAAUACGGAUUUAUUAUUAGGUUACAAACCGAAUGAAUUAAUCGAUCAUUCUAUUCGUCAAAUUUUACCAUCGGAAUGUCUUGAUAUAUUAGAACAAGCAAAACAAAAUUGCUUUUCAGGUGAACAUUGUACAUCAAUGAAUGUACUCGAUCUAUUUACAAGCAAUGGUGAUCGACUUACAUUUCUUUGUAAUACACAUAUAUUAAUUGCAGGUCGACGUAAAGCAAUGAAACUUGGUUUUAUAGCUCAACUUAUUGACCCGUCAAUUCGAUAUGAAUGUCUUAUCUAUGCUAAUAAACAAAAUAUUGAAAGGCAAAAAGCUUCUAUACAACAAGAAUCAAUAUUUAUGUCAAAUAUGAUAUUAAAUAAUUCAACAACAACAAAUGUUUCAAUGGUAUCAAAUAAUCAAUAUUUAUCAAUAAAUAAUGCACCAAAAUAUAAACGUCAACGAAUUGAUUAUGAAUAUAUGGAAAAGGAAAAUUUUAUUCAUGUUAAUCAAUAUAAACAAUGUGUUCAAGUACCAUAUGAAAUGAAUUUUAAUAAUAAAUUUUCAUCAUCGAAACAGGAACUUGGUCAUAUUGAUGAACUUUUUAGUUGGCUCGAUGAAGAAAAUAAAAAAACAAAUUAUGACAUGGCAACAUCUAAUAUUAAUUAUGAUGAAUUUGGUCUAUUAACACCACCAAUGUUAGAAAUGAACUUCUUUUAA